AUGAGUGCAGGUCCUAUCCUCGGAAAGCAAGCAUGCACGAAUCUAAAUCUGGUAAAGAGAGUUGGGCAAAUCCAGUGUACCCCCACGACCAGCAAGGACUGUACUAGUAUUACAGCUUGCAAAGACUUUGAAGCCAUAUUGGCAGAGUUUCCUGAUGUGUUUGGGGGUGUUGGACGUUUGCCGGGGACGUACAGUAUAUCGUUGAAGGACGGGGCCACACCAAGUAUCAGCUCUCCACGAAAAAUUCCUUUGGCUUUGGUGGCAAGUAUAAAGAGCGAGCUUGAAUCAAUGGAGAAAGACGGGAUUAUAGCCCAUGUAACUGAGCUGACUGACUGGGUACACCCUAUUGUAGUGGUGCCGAGAAAGAAUGGGUCGGUUCGAAUCUGUCUGGACCGGCGAAAGUUGAACGCAGCCCUUAAGCGUGAGCAUUAUAAAAUCCCGACAGAAGAGGAAGUGCUGUCGAAUCUUGUUUGA